GCCGGCCCGGUCCUGCGUGGCCCCCGCCGCGCUCCCCCCGCCGCGGGGCCGCCCCCCCCCCGCCCCCGGCCCGUGACGAGGCCGGACGUCAGCGCGCCGGGCGGGAGAGGGGCGGAGGCGGCGGGAGCGGGCACGGCGGGCGCUGCCCCGGGAGCCAAGAUGCCUCCGUCCCUGCCUGCCACCAUCAACAUCCGUGAGCCCCGCUGGGACCAGAGCACCUUCCAGGGCCGGGCCAAGCACUUCUUCAUGGUCACCGACCCCCGAAACCUGCUGCUCUCAGGGGCCACGCUGGAGGAGGCUCGCAGGGUGGUGGAGGACUACAGGGCGGGCAUGGUGCCCCCGGGGCUGACGGAGGACCAGCUAUGGCGGGCAAAGUACAUCUACGACUCGGCUUUCCACCCCGACACGGGCGAGAAGAUGCUCCUCAUAGGGCGCAUGUCCGCCCAGGUCCCCAUGAACAUGACCAUCACCGGUUGCAUGUUGACCUUCUACAGGACCACGCCGGCCGUGCUGUUCUGGCAGUGGGUCAACCAGUCUUUCAACGCCAUCGUCAACUACACCAACCGCAGUGGGGAUGCGCCCAUCACCCCCAGCCAGCUGGGGACAGCCUAUGUGAGUGCAACCACAGGGGCAGUUGUCACAGCACUGGGGCUCAAAUCGCUCACCAAGCACUUGCCAGCCAUCAUCGGCCGGUACGUGCCUUUUGCGGCUGUGGCUGCUGCCAACUGCAUCAACAUCCCGCUGAUGAGGCAGAGAGAGCUCAAGCUGGGAAUCCCCGUCACGGAUGAGAACGGGAACCGCCUGGGCGAGUCCACGGCUGCAGCCCAGAAGGCCAUUUUCCAGGUGGUCGUUUCCCGCAUCGGCAUGGCAGCCCCGGCCAUGGCCAUCCCCCCGGUGAUCAUGAACGCCCUGGAGAAGAGAGCUUUCUUGAAGCGCUACCCGUACAUGAAUGCUCCUCUGCAGGUUGGCCUGGUGGGACUCUGCUUGGUGUUCGCGACCCCGCUGUGCUGCGCGCUUUUCCCGCAGAAAAGCUCGAUGUCUGUGAGCCGCCUGGAGCCUGAAGUCCAAGCUCGGAUCCGGGAGAAAGACCCGCAGCUGGAGACCGUCUACUUCAACAAAGGGCUCUGAACGGGGGUCCCGGGGUGGCCGAGAUGCGUGCUGCGGAGCCACCGGGCUGGCGCAUCGCUGAGCUUCGCCCCUUGGAUCCCUUUGGGUCUGCCGCCGCUUUCCCUUGGCCGUCGUGUGUCUGUAGGUCCCAGGUGCUCGGCCCCGCUUCCCGGGAUGCCCGCAGCCCUGCAGCACCACACUGAACCCUGUCCCCAAGCCUGGGGACCUCCUGGCUGGCCCCCCUGUGCGUGUCUCCCGUGCUCACCCUGCGUGUGCAGCUGCACCGGGGACCGUGUGAGUGGGGAGGUGGGGUGGGGAAGAGGAUGGUGCUCCCCAGCUUUAGGAGGCAGCAGACAAUCACAGCCAUGGAGGGUUGGACCCCUCUGCAGGCACCCCAAGUUCCCCAGCAGUUCAGCAGCUGGUGCCUGGGGAUGGCAGAGCAGCUUUCAGAGAGGAAAACUCCCCGUGUCCAAAAUAGCCGUGGGUGAGUGAUUUCAAGCGUACACAGUGGCUCGAACCCAGGGGAGGGUUCUCCCAGCCCAGGCGCGCGCUCUCAGCUCACCCCCUGCUCUUCUCUGGGCUGCUCCAGGGAUUUAAUCUGGCUUUCUGCUCCUUCCCAUCCCCAGAGCAAAUGGCACAUUUUAAUUCCAGCAGAGUCCAUGUUUUUAUUCUCAUCUUAAUGCCAUCUGUAUUCAGGGCUGGGCUCCCCCUGGGGGGACACUCUACCCUCUCCUGGAGUGCUUGCUUUCAGGUGGACCUUCUCAAAUAGCUUUAAGUUCACCGUGGUUUCCUCUAGUUAUUUUUGAUAUAAAUACAAUGUACCCAUACAUAUACCAAAUAAUAAAGGCAGGUUGUUUAUACAA